GGAGGGGAGGCUGCGUGCGCGCGGCCGAUGUGGCGGUUGGGCGGCGUGGCUGCGGCGGCGCUGGUCCAGGUGCAGGCCCAAGCCGUGGGGCUGGCGUGUUGGAUGAAAGGUCGCUUUUACUACGCUGUGCGGGCGGGGAGGAGCCCCGGGGUGUACCCCACCUGGGAUGAUUGUAAAAAGCAAGUCGACAAAUUUCCUAAUGCCAUUUUCAAGAAAUUUGCAACAGAAGAAGAUGCAUGGGCUUUUGUAGGUGCUGCAGGUUCAAGUUCACAAUCUACACCUAGGGAAUGUGAUGGCCAAAGUAAACCUGCUGAUGAGUGUGAACAAAAGAAAUGUGGUGGGAAAAAACGUCCCCACAAUUUGUCUGAUGAUGACAUGGAGCCAUGCAAUAAAAGUUUCAGAAGCACAAAAUCAUUUGUUGACUUGGGAGAGAAGUUCACUUACAUGGGUGAUGCAGUUGCAGUCUAUACUGAUGGUUGUUGUGCGGGCAAUGGGCGCAAAGGCGCGCAAGCUGGAAUUGGUGUGUACUGGGGACCUGGUCACUCUCUAAACCUGAGUGAACGACUUUCAGGAAGACAGACUAACCAAAGAGCGGAAAUAGUUGCAGCGUGUCGAGCUAUUGAACAGGCAAAGGAACUCGAUAUGGAAAAACUGGUUAUUUUCACUGAUAGCAUGUUUACAAUUAAUGGUAUUACCAAGUGGAUUAAAUCGUGGAAGAUUAAAGGUUGGAGGCUUAGUACGGGAGGACCUGUAAUCAACAAAGAGGACUUUGAAAGACUAGACAAAUUGACUUCUAGUUUCAAUGUUGAAUGGAUACAUGUACCAGGUCAUGCUGGUUUCCCAGGAAAUGAAGCGGCAGACAGUCUUGCAAAGGACGGAGCGUCCAAGCCACUAUGCUGAUGAGCCCUGACAAGAUUGCACUAACCAAUUCUGCAAGGAUGCAAGUGUAAACUGUGUGCAUUAGCUAUUACAAAGCAAACUUAUAUAUGUGGCAAAACUUCUUAUCACUAAGCUGUUCUUUGCUGACAUUGCUGGAGAGUUUGACCAACUUUGCAUUUCAUGUUUGUGUGUGUCGUCCAUACUUUUCUAGCUAUUUGUUCAAAUUGGUGAUGGAAUAUCUUUUUUAUUGGAUCAUGUUGACACAAUAAACAAUAUUAAUCUGGA